AAAAAAAAUCUUCAGCUUAACAUGAUAUAUUCUUGUCUUGAGCAUAACAAAGCAAGGCUUCAUUCAGACAAACAUCAUGGCCGAAUCAAAGGGGCUCUGCUUCACUCGCCGCCAGAAAAACUCGGGCGACCGAGGCAACACCUUGUCGCCUGCCCCGAUCACCCUGAGACAGGCGGCGAGGGGGAAGAGGGCGCUUCUUUGCUGCAUCAGCUACAAGAAGAAGAAGUUCGAACUCAAAGGGACUAUACAUGACAUGAAGAACAUGAGAGAUCUUCUAAUCCAUCAAUUCCAUUUCCCUCCUGAAUCCAUCCUCAUUCUUGCAGAAAAAGAGACGUACCUUGAGCCGACGAGGAAGAACAUAGAGGAUAGUUUCCGGUGGCUGAUGAGAGGGAUUGAAGAGGGAGACUCGUUGGUGUUCUACUUCUCCGGUCAUGGACUCCGGCAGCGCGGUAUCCAUGGCGACGAGAUCGAUGGCUUCGAUGAGACUAUAUGUCCGUUGGAUUUCGAGACCAAUGGCAUGAUUUUCGAUAACUAUAUUAAUGAGACUUUGGUUAAUCCGCUGAUCAAGGGCGUAACUCUUCACGCCAUUGUUGAUUCUUGCCAUAGCGGAACGGUUCUAGACUUGCCACUCGUCUACAACAUAAACACGAAUAAAUGGGAUGACAAUAGUCCUGAGGAAGGAAGGAAUGCAUUUAAAGGCACAAGUGGUGGAAAGGCCAUAUGCUUUAGUGCAUGUGAAGAUUAUCAACAGGCUGCAGAUACAACAGCUUUCUCGACGGACAAGAACAGCACGGGGGCAAUGACAUACACCUUCAUAAAAGCAGUAAAAGCAGCGGUGACGAGCAAGAGGAAGAUCAGCUACAGAGAGAUACUUCUGCAAAUGCACGAAUCCCUCAAGAAAGAGGAUCACAGCGGAGGAUGCGCCCGGGCCCGCCUCCGACGUGUCUUCACUCGCAAAAUCUUGCAGGAUCCUCUGCUGUCGUCUUCCGAAGAAUUCGACGCCAACACAGAGUUCAAGCUCUGAUCAGUUUGUCGUCGUCGUUGUCACCAUCCUCGUCAUCAUUUUCGUACCCUUAUCACGACGUGGAUGCUUUUGAAAACUACUGUAAAAGAAGUAUGUUUGAAAAUUGCAAGUAUUUCUACUCAUAAUAAAGAAUUCCAAAAAUCUUACUAUCA